UAUAAUUAAAUAUUUUAAAACUUUUAUUUACAGUUCAAAACAGUUAAGUAGUAUCAUUUUUAAUAGUUCCCUAAGAAAAAUAAAAAGUUUACUAAUGAGCUUUGUUAAUUUUUCUUACAAAAAAUAUGAAAUCGUUCACUAUUGCAGCAUUAUCGUUCAUCUUGUUCGAUGUAUUUUUAUUGACAUCGUGUAACGAGGAAAAGGCUAUUAAUAUAUUGAAUUCAUUUCUUAAGUCAGAAAAAUGGUCAUUCAAUCAUGCAUACAAGUGGUAUGAUAUUAAAAUUGGUACAUUCUUUAAAACAGAAGAUUUACUCAUAACUGAUUCUAAAAGUAAGAAUAUUGUUACCAAAGAUAAUGUAUAUGACAAAAUAACAAUAGGUUCGCAAUUGUUAACUUAUGAAUAUGCAAAAAUUGUACACUGGAUUGGUACCAUGUUAUAUUUUAUGAACAAAGAAUGGUAUACGAAUGAUGAGAUUCCUUAUAAUAUUUUAAUAGAAUAUUUGGAAAAACUCAUAUUAACUUUCGAAAAAGUAAAGUGGGUAUUAAAACUCUUUCUUAGCGCAUUAGAAUUUAUGAACACAAUAAUAGAAAGUCAUGAAAAAACAAUAACGGAUGAAUUUAUUGAAUUAUUGACUGACUUUAUCUUAAAAUCUAAUAUGCUAAAAUUUAAAGUAGCGAUAAAUGAUGUUGCAUUGAAGUUAUCAUUUAACACAUUUAGCGAAUUGAUACAUACAUUUUUUAGUACUAAACUAGAAGCUAUUUUAUUUAAAUGUUGUAAAAUUAAUGGCUUUAAUAAGAACUUUCCUCUUGAUUUAAUAGAAUAUAUUUUACAUUAUUUGUAUGCUGAUAGAUUAAAAGAAAAACCUGAUGAAAAAUCUAUAGAAGAAUUCACAUUUUUUGUUUUUUUACAUGAAACUAUUCUGAAUAGUGUCGAUGAAAUUAUUGAAAUCUAUUACACCAAUCUUGGAUUCAAAUAUGAAGAGAAAAAUGAAAAAACGUCGAUGCGAAGCAGAAAAGGCAUUUAUUUUAUUUUAUGAUGUAUAUUUUUUUUGUGUGUCUGUUACUACUUAUUCUCAUCUUUCACUGAACCGAUUUUAUGAAUAUAUCAAAAUAACACAUAUCGAAUCUUACGAUUAUCGCAUCUGUUCACCUUACACUAAAAAAUCGAACAAUUUUCCCACGUUAGCCAUAAAUAGGAGAAUCCCUAAAAGGUUAAUCGACAUUUUUUAAUUACAACUGACAUAACUUUUUGAAAAAUUGAUGAAUUAAUGACUUUUUUUGUAAUACAAUAGGUAUUUACCAACCUAUCAUUUGAUAUUGUUUGAAAAUCUGACUCUUUAUCUGCGCACAGGGGGAUUUUCAAAAUGGCAACAUUUUGGCCAAAAAGGUAACUUAACUUUUGAAAGUGUU